AUGGCCGUCAAAUCUCAAAUAAUUACAGGAUUGAUUCUCCCCUUGAAACCCACUGCUUCUUCUUCUUCUUCUUCUUCUUCAAGCUCCAGUAAUAAUAGCAGCGGCCUCUGUUUAGUUAAGAAACCACUCACUUCUUCCUUCUUCAAUGGCGGAGUGGCUGCCCUAAAAGUAACGAGGAUAAGGACCCUUCCAGGAAGAUCACAUUGUCAUAGACAAGGUGGAGGUGCCCUUGGUACACGCAUGAACCUUUUCGAUAGGUUUGCUAGAGUUGUAAAGUCAUAUGCAAAUUCAAUCUUAAGUUCCUUUGAAGACCCAGAGAAAAUUUUAGAUCAAGCUGUGCUUGAAAUGAACGAUGACUUGGUAAAGAUGAGACAGGCCACAGCACAAGUAUUAGCAUCUCAAAAGCGGUUGGAAAAUAAGUACAAAGCUGCAGAACAGGCUUCUGGAGAUUGGUAUCGUAAAGCACAGCUGGCUCUUCAGAAAGGAGAAGAGGAUCUUGCACGUGAAGCCCUGAAGAGGCGUAAAUCUUAUGCUGAUAAUGCUAAUUCUUUGAGAGCUCAACUAGAUCAACAGAAAAGUGUUGUUGAGAAUCUCGUCUCUAACACACGGCUUUUGGAGAGCAAGAUACAAGAGGCAAAGUCAAAGAAAGACACUCUGAAAGCACGUGCACAGUCAGCAAGAACUGCAACAAAAGUGAAUGAGAUGGUGGGAAAUGUCAACACUAGCAGUGCUUUAUCUGCUUUUGAGAAAAUGGAGGAGAAAGUUAUGGCAAUGGAGUCUGAAGCAGAAGCACUUGGGCAGUUAACCACAGAUGAUCUAGAAGGGAAGUUUGCAUUACUUGAGAGCACAUCGGUUGACGAUGAUCUUGCAAACUUGAAAAAGGAACUCUCUGGUAGCUCACAGAAAGGAGAGCUUCCACCUGGAAGAACUGUUUCUGCCAGCUCAAACAAGACAUUUCCCUAUCGAGAUUCUGAGAUUGAGAUGGAGCUUAACGAAUUGAGGCAAAAGGCAAAGGACUUCUAAAGUUUCUGAUCUGCAUACAACAAAUCUCGGAAUAUUUAUUUCAGGAACAAACCUUCUUCCAACAGUUCAAACUAGGUGAGCUAUAGUCCAAACAGAUAGUUUGUAUAGCUGCAGUCCAAACUCAGUAAUUUUUGGGUGGUUGUGUACAUACUUGUGUAUUAACAUUAGAUGAUCAUUGUCAUGUAGCACUUACAACCUAUGUGCAGCUGCGGCAAUGACCUAUGUUUUGGACUAUGUAUUCAGUAGUUUGUUAAUGUACAAUCAGUCUUCCUGGCAACUUCCUUGGCAUUUUAA